CCUGCGGCGGUGUGCGGGAUGAGGCGGCUGUGGCCGCUGCUCUGGGCCGCGCGGGGCCCGCGCCGCCUCUCGUCGGGCCCUUCCCCGGCCAUGGAGGAGCUGCUGCGCCGCUCGGUGCCGCCGCUGCCGCCCUACGAGACCAAGGAGAAGGCGCCGCCGCCCGCCGAGCUGCGCGGCGCGGAGUUCGUGCGGUUCUACCGCUCGCUGCAGCCCGGGCCGCCCCGCGCCGAGCUCCUCACUCGCCUGGCCCGCGACUUCGGCGUGGAGCACGGGCGGGUGGCCGAGGCCGCCUCCAAGGUGCUGCAGGCCCGAGAGCAGCGCAGGGAGCCCGGGGCGCUGCUGCAGGCCGAGGACCGGCUCCGCUACUACCUGAACCCCCAGUACCGAGGGCUCUUCCAGCAGCUGGGCCGCCUCGAGGGCGGGCUGCGCUUCCUUGUGGAGCUCAGGGCCGACCUGCUGGAGGGGCAGGCGAGCAAGGCGGUGGAUGGGCCCCACGUCAAGGAAAUGAAUGGAGUUCUCAAGAACAUGCUCUCAGCUCAUUCCUUCUUUGCUCUGGUGCAGGAAAUGAAUGGAGUUCUCAAGAACAUGCUCUCAGAGUGGUUCUGCACAGGGUUCCUCAACCUGGAGCGCGUCACGUGGCAGUCACCUUGUGAAGUACUCCAGAAAAUCAGUGAUUCUGAAGCUGUGCACCCUGUCAGAAACUGGGUUGACAUGAAGCGGCGAGUUGGGGCCUACAGAAGGUGCUACUUCUUCUCUCACUGUGCCAUCCCAGGAGAGCCACUGAUUGUCCUGCACGUGGCACUAACCAGUGACAUCUCCAGCAGCAUCCAGGCCAUAGUGAAAGAAGUGCCACCUCCAGAGACAGAAGAUACAGAGAAAAUCACAACAGCAAUUUUCUACUCCAUCAGUUUGACUCAGCAGGGCCUGCAGGGGGUGGAACUUGGGACUCACCUCAUCAAAAGAGUUGUCAAGGAGCUGCAGAAAGAACUCCCUCAGAUAGAAGCUUUUUCCACACUUUCACCUAUCCCAGGAUUCACAAAAUGGCUCGUUGGUCUCCUCUCCUCCCAGCCAAAAGACCAGGGAAGGAAUGAACUUUUUACAGAAUCUGAAUGGCAGGAAAUCUCUGAGCUCACAGGAGACCCCAGCAGUAACACACUAAAGAAACUCCUGAACACCAACGAGUGGGUGAGGUCAGAAAAGCUGAUGGAGGUGCUGCACUCCCCCCUGAUGAGGCUCUGUGCCUGGUACCUGUAUGGGGAGAAGCACAGGGGCUAUGCCCUCAACCCCGUGGCCAACUUCCACCUGCAGAACGGCUCGGUGCUCUGGAGGAUCAACUGGAUGGGGGACACCAGCCCCCGGGGCAUCGGGGCCUCCUGUGGCAUGAUGGUCAACUACAGGUAUUUCCUGGAGGAGACAGCCUCCAACAGUGCCCUCUACCUGGCCUCCAAGCAGGUCAGGGCCUCUGAGCAGGUGCUGGCCUUGGUGGCCCAGUUCCAGCAGAACAGCAAGCUCUAGGGGGACAUCAUCACCAUCACAGUGAUGCUGCUGAGUGUAAAGAGCUGUGCUCACCUGCAGUGUCUUACUGCAGUCAGAAUGUACCUUGGAGGACAGGUGUGCUCAGGGUCACCUGGGUCAGCAGCUCACAAGGUGUUGAAUCACCUGUGGUGUGAGCAGAGUUGUGUGUAAAUGGGGAGUAAAAUCCUCUUCAUCAGGUACAGCCCAGGGGUAACUCAGAAAAAUAACUGAGCCAACAUCACUCUGUUGGUAAUUUAUUAUAUCAGCUGUGCACUUCUCUGUCAAAAUGCUGCUAUGGAUUGUUCAGAACCAAAGUACCUGGAAUAAAGGUAAAUUUGGGGUCAAAUAUAUUAUCAAAACAGCAAUCUACAGUUUUAUUUCUACAAUAUCUGUCUUUUGCACCCUCAGAAAAAUCUCUUGUAAAAUGUCCUGCUAUUUCCUGUGUAAAUCUAAAACUCACUGAAUCUUUGCUUUGCUGGAAUGUGGAAAAGCCUUGCACUAAUGUUGGAAAAUCAGGAUCUCAGUACAGCAGGUAUGUUAGGUUAGAUUUGCAUGUUUUGGCUGCUAAAAUUUAAUGAGCAAUAAGGAAGUGUUCAGGUAGGAGAGGAGAACAAGGCAGACUGUUACUGGGGAAUCAGGUGAGGAGUCUCGAAAUAUGUAUAUUAUAUGUUGGCUCUGGUAAUGUUUUACGUUGACAAAGAGCUUUUUAAAUAAUGAGAUAGGUGUGAUUUAUAAACCAAUAAAACAAACUUUCUCAAUAAAUCAUGGUUUGUGGA